AUGGCAGCGUCAAAGAGUCGAUCAGCAGAGAAUCUGGAGGCUCUGCCACCAGACUAUAAACCGGGGGAAAACGAAGUGAUUUGCGUUCGUGGAAGAGUGUCACAAAAGCAUCCUGGGAAUAUUAAGCUUCGCGAGAUUGUUGUUGGACAAUACUUGAAACGAUACACCGAGUGUGCAUCCAAAUUCGAGAAGUCGUUGAUGGUGACUGAAAUCGUUCAGCAUAUGAAAGACAGAAGCACGGUUGGUGCCUUUGUAAGGAAGAUUGGAGAUCGAUGGUACAAAGCCCCAGAACAGCUUGCCCGCGAAAAAGUUGGUCAGCUAUUGCGGAACCUUAACCCAGAAAAGUACAAGUCGAGCAAUAAGGCAAAGAAAGCAAAACGUCAAGCGGAUGAGUAUCUAUAUGACGAGGGGGUUGACCAUAUGAUGGGCCAGCUAGGGUACACCGACAUCUCGAAACGGGUCGGUGAACUCACUGCCAACGCAAAGACGGACGACGACUUUCAAGCCGCCUUCAAUGCAGCAAAUUCAGAGCUUCUCAACCAGCUCAAGAAGAAUACACCGAAGAAUGACGACGAGACCAAUGACAAAAAGCCUCCGCCAAACCCCGACUUCCCGCCAGGACGAUAG